AUGGCAUACGGAACAGUACCUGCGCCUAAAAAGGCACAUCCUCUCAAUGCACGCUUGUAUUGCAUCCCUGAAAGAGCAGCAACGGCACAAGCAGCUGCAAUAAUCACAGUUCCAUUCGAAUUGGCAAGCAAAGAAGAAGAAGUUCCGACUGGAUUAGAGGAUCAAUUGAGAAACGAAUUCAAUGCCGAACUGGAAAAGGGCAUCACAUACCCACAAAGAGGAUCGAUGGGCGUGACUGAAUUCCGAAACUAUUUCUUAUCGUACGAUUUGAUCGUUGGUAUUCUGAUCGCACAAGAAGAAGCAGAGGUCCUAAUCGGACAUCCACUCAAACCAACAGAUGACGAUAUAGAACUACAAGCAACAAAGUCACGACUACUAGAAGGAAGGGAUUGGGAACGUGCCUAUGCGUUUAGCUAUUAUAUCAAACCGAAUUACCCGGGUCGUUCUUCACAUUUGUGUAAUGCAGGUUUUGUCGUUCCACCUUCUCAUAGAGGUUUAGGGUUGGGAGGAGUUGCAGGCAGGACAUUCUUGCAUUAUGGUCCUUUGGCAGGUUAUCGUGGAAGUGUGUUUAAUCUAGUUUAUGCAAACAAUGAAGCUUCAGUACGUAUAUGGGAACGUUUAGGAUUCUCACGAAUCGGUCGUAUACCACAAGCAGGUUUACUGAAAACAAAAGAUGGCAAGAGUGAAGAAUACGUUGAUGCUUGGAUUAUUCAUGGUGAUUUUGCAACUUUGGGUAAACAUGGUAAGUCCGCUUUACCUGCCCCAGCCGAAUAG